AUGGGUGAGAUUGACCAGAAAGUAGCGGAUGCUCUGAUCAAAGGUAGAAAAAGACCGAGAGACUAUCAGAAUUGUCGCGAGGUGAAGCCCAUCCAGCAUAAACACAAGAUCCGAGACGUCAAUGUGUGCCAGGCGGUCGGUCUCGCCACAAAGAGACUCUUUCGCUUGAAUGUUCGUUGCCCAGCCUUUACCUUUCAACGGCCGUACGAAUACCUCUCGACAACGGUCGCGAGUGCGGCUGACUCGAAUACUCUGAGGAAGAGACAUGACGAGGAGGAGUUGGACAACAUUGAAUAUAUCCAGACCAUGCUUGAGGCAUUCCCAAAGGCGGGAAUGCUCCCGGCGGAUGGGAGGGCCGUCCCAGAUGACUUUGAAACACUCAAAGAUGUCAUCCAUGUCCGGGAAGGAGAUAUCUCCAGCUUGCCGAGACUGGCCAAGAAAAGACACUCAUGGAGAGAUGCUGGCCAUGACGAGACUGAUCAGAGAGGGCGGUUGAGGCUAUCGGAUGCGCAUAAACUCACCUUGCCUUUACCGGCUCUAAAGAUAAAUGCCUCCGUAUCGAUGUAUAUAAGAGCCCUGGAAAACCGGACCGGCGAAGAUGGCCACCCGAGUGCAAGGUUACCUCUGAAUAACAGACAAGCUCUUUCAAGACGUAACUCCGAGAAGUAA